GAUGAGCGGCGGAAGAGUCCCCGAGGCAGAUGUUGUCCGGGUGACGAAGAAGAUCUCUUCGCAGCUGCGCCAGGGGAAAUGGCGCCAAGCGCUGCUGUUAUUUCACGCCGCCAACAACAACUUCGUGGAAACAAAUCUUGUCAGUUUCAACGUUGCUCUCAACGCCUUGGCCACCGGUUCAGCAUGGAUGGAUGGAUUGAGCCGCUUGACCCACGUGGUCUCUACAAUUUCCGCAGGCGAUUCGCUGGACCAAGUGAGUUUCAAUACCGUCGGAAGCUCCUUAUGCGGUGGUCAAUGGGCCAUCAGUCUGAGUUUGCUGGGAGUUGCCUGCAUCGCAAGUGUGCAGUUGGAUAUCAUAGGUCUCAGUUCAGCCUGCAAGGCUUGCAGCAGUCGAUGGAGAAGCACCCUGCAGCUGUUGAGACAGGCGGAGGCUUUCGCUCUCCUUCCAAAUUGCAUCUUCUAUGGUGCCGCCAUGACAGCAUGUGAAAAGUCGGGCCAGUGGUUUCCUGCCUUGCGCAUUUUGGUCACCCCACAGGUACACCCAGACGUUGUGAACUUCAAUGCAGCCAUCAGCGCCUUGGCAGUGGCUGGACGCGCAUCUCAAGCACAGGACUUGCUCGACUGCAUGGCGCCGAGAAGGCUUUACGCCACCACCGUCUCCUACAACGCCGCCAUUGCUUCUUGCGUGCGCCGUGGUGCAUGGCGACGUGCUCUCCUGGUAUUGCAACAGAUGCCCGCGCCAGAUGUCAUUAGCUAUGGCUCGGCUAUCAGUUCUUGCGAGAAGGGCGCUCAGCCCUUUGUCGCUUUGCGCUUGCUGCGCGAUAUGAGAGAGGUGAAGAUUGCCCCAAAUGAGGUGUGUUGCAGCGCAGCCGUCAGUGCCUGCGAGAAGAUCGGAC